GACAGCUGUGCGUCAUUCGAGCGCGCCGGAGUCGCGGGGCGUCGCGCGGCCUGCGUCGCUCGCCGGGUCGCUCCGCCGUGCUGUCUCACCGGUGCGGCCGAGAAGCCGGCCAGUUUCGCUUUUCCUCCGACUUACAGGCCCCGCCGCCAUGGAGUACCUCAUCGGCAUCCAGGGCCUCGACUUUGUGCUUGUCGCCUCCGACCGGGUGGCCGCGAGCAAUAUUGUCCAGAUGAAGGACGAUCAUGACAAGAUGUUUAAGAUGAGUGAGAAAAUUUUACUCCUAUGUGUUGGUGAGGCUGGAGACACUGUACAGUUUGCAGAAUAUAUUCAGAAAAAUGUGCAGCUUUAUAAAAUGAGAAAUGGUUAUGAGUUGUCACCCACAGCAGCAGCUAAUUUUACACGUCGAAACUUAGCUGACUGUCUUCGGAGUAGGACCCCAUAUCAUGUCAACCUUCUCCUCGCUGGUUACGAUGAGCACGAGGGCCCUGCACUCUACUAUAUGGACUACCUGGCAGCCUUGGCCAAGGCCCCUUUUGCAGCCCACGGCUAUGGUGCCUUCCUGACUCUCAGUAUCCUGGACCGGUACUAUACACCAACUAUCACACGAGAGAAUGCAGUGGGUCUUCUUAGGAAAUGUCUAGAGGAGCUCCAAAAACGCUUCAUCCUGAAUCUGCCAACCUUCAGUGUUCGAAUCAUUGACAAAAAUGGCAUCCAUGACCUGGACAACAUUUCUUUCACUAAACAGGCUUCCUAACGUCAAGCCCUUCCUCCCACUUGCUAGGGAACUAUUUUUGAUGGGCUCCUUUAUUUUUUUUCUACUCUUUUGACAUGUACUCUUGAUAAAAGGUAAAUUAAAAAUAAAUCUGAAUAUGAUUAAAUCGA